AGGAUUCGAACCCUCUCUCCGCGUUCUCUCUCUCUCUCUGCAUAUUUUUCGUCGGUCGUCUCUACAUUUUACACAGAGGGAAAUUUUAAUAUUUUUUUUUCCAGAUUUUUUGAUACAGUGUGAUGAAAAUUAAUCAGACCCGCUCAAUUUCGUAGAAGCAUCGCAAAUGCGUUGCAGAUCUCUUAUUUUUAAUAACUUUCUUUUGUUAAUUAUCAGUUUUUGAAUUUAUACAGAUAAUUUUGAAGAGUUUCUGUUUGUGGGAUUUAUUGUAUUGAAACAAGAUGUCGGCGAUGAAAUCAUAUUCAUCGAGCCGAUUUUUCACGGUUGGAUUAGUAACAGCAUGGUACUCAUCAAACAUUGGGGUAUUGCUAUUGAACAAAUAUUUGUUGAGCAAUUAUGGAUUCAAGUAUCCGAUUUUCUUGACCAUGUGCCACAUGACGGCUUGCUCGUUGUUCAGCUACAUUGCGAUCGCGUGGAUGAAGAUGGUCCCGAUGCAGACCAUAAGAUCUAGAGUUCAGCUAAUGAAGAUCUCAGCUUUGAGUCUUGUGUUUUGCGGGUCUGUUGUUAGCGGGAACAUUUCGCUUAGGUAUUUGCCUGUGAGCUUUAACCAGGCGAUUGGGGCAACCACCCCCUUUUUUACUGCCGUAUUUGCGUAUUUGAUGACGUUUAAAAGGGAGGCAUGGUUGACUUAUGUGACUUUGAUUCCAGUUGUCACAGGAGUCGUGAUUGCCAGCGGGGGUGAGCCAAGUUUCCAUCUAUUUGGAUUUAUAGUGUGUGUUGCUGCAACAGCUGCGAGGGCACUUAAAUCAGUGCUUCAAGGGAUUUUGCUUUCUUCUGAAGGGGAAAAGCUCAAUUCUAUGAAUCUGCUCUUGUACAUGGCUCCUAUUGCUGUGGUGCUGCUACUCCCGGCAACACUCUUUAUGGAAGAAAACGUUGUUGGCAUCACAUUGGCACUUGCAAGGGAUGAUAUCAAUAUUGUCUGGUUACUGCUAUUCAAUUCUGCACUUGCAUAUUUUGUAAACUUGACCAAUUUUUUGGUCACAAAACACACCAGUGCUUUGACUCUUCAGGUUCUAGGAAAUGCAAAAGGUGCUGUUGCAGUGGUUAUUUCAAUAUUAAUAUUUAGGAAUCCCGUCUCUGUUACUGGAAUGCUAGGGUACUCUCUCACAGUCAUUGGUGUUAUACUCUAUAGCGAAGCCAAAAAGCGGAGUAGACGAGAGAUCAGUCUCUAAAGUUGAUAUUCAUCUAUACUAUUACAUAAAAGUGAGGUGCAACCUUCCAGAGGCAAGUUCGGAUCUUCUUCUUGCGUUUCGUGUAUGGAUUUUUCCUUCAAAAAUACGUUCUUCUUUUUUCCAGAAGCCCGUUAAGAGGCUUCAACCUGUACCAGCAAUGCACUCCAGAAUAUUAGCCAUACAAGAAUUUUAAUAAACGACUCAAUGCCUUAGUUUGGGGUUAUGGAGGACAAAAAAGAGCCCUUUUUAGUUAGUCCCUUGUAUUCUUUCAGGAAAGGAUUGUAGAACCAAGUUGACAUAGUAUUUUAUUCAAAUUUUUUCUUAUAUUGGUUAAUCGAUGAAAGACACUUGUACCAAUUUGUGGGAAUCCUUAACUAGUGGGUUAACUGAUUA